AUGCAAGCUGUCCGAACCGCCAUCGCCGAGAACCUCGGAAAAAUAGUCCCAGGUCAUGAACUCGCGCCCAAGGACUCCCAAUUCUCUCUCAGAUCUGUGCCUGAUCUCUCCGGCAAAGUCGCCGUUGUAACCGGAGGAUCUGAGGGCAUGGGUUAUGGCUGCACACACACCCUUCUCGCUCACAACAUUUCUAAACUUUUCAUAAUCUCUCAAUCGUCCGAUAUCGCCUCCGAUGCUAUUUCCGCAAUCAAGAGCGACAUGGGCGAUACUGCCGCAAACAAAGUCGAGUGGAUGCAGUGCGAUUUAUCUGAUUGGGAACAGGCCGGCAAGACUGCUUUCAAGAUUGCUGAAAAGACUGAUCGGUUCGACAUUUUGAUCAACAACGCAGCGAGAGGAAUUAUGACUGCACAGUUGGCGAAGAAUGGGGUGGAUCUCCAUAUGGCAAUCAACCAUAUAGGCCAUGUGGUCCUCACGAGCCAUUUGUUGCCUUUAUUGAAGGAGACGGCAAAGAAGGGGGAUCGAGUCCGGAUUGUGAAUUUGGCAAGUAAUGUGCAUCAGUCAGCGCCGAAGGGGACCAAGUUUGAGAGCGUUGAGGAAUUGAACAUGGAUUCUGGACCUAUGGGACAAUACGCCCGGUCGAAGCUGGCAAGUAUCUUGUACUCGAAAUAUCUGGCCCGUCACCUCACUUCCCAACAUCCCAAUAUCCUGGCAAACGCAACGCAUCCAGGCUUCGUAGAGACGCGGCAAUCGACCGAGCAUAUCCACGAACCGUAUCCGCUCGGAGGGUACGCGAUGAGCGUUGGACUUGCACCGUUCAAGAAAACGCAAUUUGAAGGCGCGGUGAGCACCAUGUUUGCGGCGACUGUGGUAGACAAGAGCGGCUUGUAUAUCUGCCCGCCGGCGAUUGUGGAGAAGGGGAGUGAUUUGGCCAAUGACGAUGCGUUAGGAGAGAGGUUGAUGGAUCUUACGUGGAAUAUUGUGAAGGAAAAGACGAAGUCAACCAGUGCAGACAAGGGCUGUCCAUUUAAGGAAUACUGA